GGAAAGCCUUCCCAGAAGAGUGGCGCUUAUUAUAACCAUAAUGAGGGAAUCAAUCUGAAAAGGCAUGUUCAACAAGCACAUAUGGAAGUAAUGGUCAGUUGUCCACAAACUUUUGGCCAGGAAAAAUACAUGAACUUAAAAUAACAUGAAAUUCUCUGGAAAUAUCACACGGGGUCACUAUUAGGCUACAUUAGACAUAUUGAGACAACAAGAACAACAACAAAAAACUCAAUUUCCCAGAAUGCAAUAGGAUGGACCAUAAUGAAAGCGCCUGUGUAAAAAUAAGGCAGGGUUUUUAACACUACAUAUAAAUAGGUAAAUACAUAGCUUAGAAUUGUUUCGCAAAUAUCAUCAUUAUUGGACAUAUAAAGCACUUGAUAGGGUUUAGAAGGCAUUUGUUCAUACUCCAUACAGUAGGGACUAGAGAGAGAGGGAGAGAGAGAGAGGUGAAGUGAAGGAUGGGAGGGGGAAGCACGGGUUUUUAGAAACACUGCACCAUUGAGAACAGACACAUCCGGGCUUAUUUUUUUAUGAACAUUUCAUUACCUAGAUAAUAAUGCGGAAAACUGUCCUAUAAUGUGGACACAUGGAGACAUGGUCUGGUCCAGACAUUUAGAGUAGAAUAGAAAAACAAAAACGCACACACAAAAAAACAUGGCUGAGCAACGCUAGCUUCACACUCACUAGCUAAGACACCGCUUCGAGCCUCCUGUUCAGCUAGCUAAUCUGUCUCUGGCAAAGUAACGAAAGGGAAAAAAAGGAAGAAGAAUAAUAGAGUAAAAGCUACGAGACUUUAAAACAAACUAACAACAACGACAGCAACCCUGAAGACGUAGCUGUGUUGAGUAUCUGUCAUGUUCGCCUGUUCUGAGAGCAUGGAGACACCGGCUAGGACAGCAGCGAGCACCGCCGACUUCACCGUGGAGAACGUAGAGAAGGCUCUGCACCAGCUGUAUUAUGACCCAAACAUUGAGAAUAAGAACCUGGCUCAGAAGUGGCUGAUGCAGGCUCAGAUCUCCCCUCAGGCCUGGCAGUUCUGCUGGGCUCUGCUCAGUCCUGAUAAGGUCCCAGAGAUCCAGUACUUUGGUGCCAGCGCCCUACACACCAAGAUCUCGCGCUAUUGGGGUGACAUCCCGGGCGAGCAGUACGACACCCUCAAGACGCAGCUUUUCUCCCAGAUUGCCCUGUUUGCCUCAGGCUCUAAGAUUGUGCUGACACGGCUGUGUGUCGCCCUGGCUUCACUGGCACUCAACACAAUGCCUGAGGCGUGGCCUGGCGCUGUCUCCGAGAUGGUGCGAGUCUUCCAGGAGGAAGGGAGCACUGUGGACGGGCGCGCUCGCUGCCUGGCACUGCUCGAGCUCCUCACCGUGCUGCCCGAGGAGUUCCAGACGAGCCGGCUGCCGCAGUACCGCCGGGGGCAGGUUCGGGGCGCUCUGGGUCGAGAGUGGGCAUCUGUUUAUCCGCUGCUUCAGCAGCUACUGCGUCAAGCUGACUCACCAGCAUCGGUGAAGGCGCGUGCACUGAAGUGCCUGUCCAGCUGGGCGUUGCUGGACGUGCCGCUCAGCGAGAGCGAGGGUCUGUUGGAAGCUGGCUUUGCUGCACUUAAUGAUCCUGAACUGUUUGACGCUGCCGUAGAGGCCAUCGUCAAUGCCAUCUCACAGCCUGACUCACAGAGGUACCUGAACACUUUACUGAAGCUGGUUCCGCAAGUGUUGCAGCUCCAGGACCAACUACAAGAAGCCGUACAGAAUGGAGAUAUGGAGACGUCGCAUGGGAUCUGUCGGAUCGCCGUCUCUCUGGGAGAGAACCAUUCCAGGGCUCUCCUGGAGCAGGUGGAGCACUGGCAGAGUUUCCUGGCGCUGGUCAAUAUGAUUAUGUUCUGCACUGGCAUCCCUGGCCACUACCCGGUCAACGAGACCACGAGCUCUCUCACUCUAACAUUCUGGUACACACUGCAGGAUGACAUCAUGUCAUUCGAGGCAGAGAAGCAAGCGGUGUAUCUGCAGGUUUACAGACCUGUGUAUUUCCAGCUGGUGGACGUGCUGCUCCACAAAGCCCAGUUUCCUAGUGAUGAAGAGUACGCCUCUUGGUCGUCUGACGAGAAGGAGCAGUUCAGGAUCUACAGGGUGGACAUAUCUGACACCCUGAUGUAUGUCUACGAGAUGCUGGGAGCAGAGUUGCUUAGCAACCUGUAUGACAAGCUAGGCAGGGUGCUUACUAAUGCAGAUCAACCAACAUCUUGGCAGCAUACAGAGGCUCUGCUGUAUGGUUUCCAGUCCAUAGCAGAAACGAUAGACGUGAACUACUCCGAUGUCAUUCCCGGCCUGAUCGGCCUCAUUCCCCGAAUCAACAUCAACAACGUACAGCUUGCGGACACUGUCAUGUUCACUAUAGGAGCGUUGGCAGAGUGGUUAGCAGAUCACCCAGUGAUGUUGAGCAGUGUGUUGCCGCUGGUGCUGCAGGCAUUAGGGAAUCCAGACCUUUCUAUCUCCAGCGUUUCCACCCUGAAGAAGAUCUGCAGGGAGUGCAGAUACGACCUGCCGCCCUACGCUACGAACAUCGUUGCUGUUUCACAGGAAGUGCUUAUUAAACAGAUCCACAAGACAAGUCAGUGUAUGUGGUUGAUGCAGGCUCUAGGUUUUCUGCUAUCCGCACUGCCAGUGGAGGACAUUCUCCACAAUCUGCACUCUCUCAUCACACCUUACAUCCAGCAGCUGGAGAAACUGUCUCAAGAGACUCCAAACCCCUCUAAUAAACUGGCUAUCAUCCACAUCUUGGGCCUGCUGUCAAACCUCUUUACAACCCUGGACAUCACCAAGCAGGAAGAGGAAUCUGGAGAAAGUGCACCGCCUGUCAAAGCCAGUCCACCUCAAACUGGUCCCAACCCAGUGGUGGUGGUGUUGCAGCAGGUUUUUGCCCUCAUUCACACUGUCCUCAGUAAAUGGCUGAAUGACUCACAGGUUGUAGAGGCUGUGUGUGCUAUCUUUGAGAAGUCAGUGAAGACUCUGCUCCAUGACUUUGCUCCUAUGGUGUCUCAGCUGAGUGAGAUGCUGGGUCAGAUGUACAGCACUAUCCCACAAGCCUCUGCACUGGACCUGACCCGUCAGAUGAUGCAUAUAUUUGCCAGUGAGCCAGACCACUUUCCCCCAAUCAAAGCCCUGUUUGAGCUGGUCACCUCCGUCACCCUCACCAUCUUCCAGCAAGGGCCCAGGGAUCAUCCUGAUAUUGUUGAUUCAUUUAUGCAACUCCAAGCUCAGGCUCUGAAACGGAAGCCCGAUUUGUUUUUAUCCGAGAAUCUUGAUGUGAAAGCGGUGUUCCACUGUGGAGUUCUGUCGCUCAAAUUCCCAGAGGCCCCAACUGUCAAGUCUACCUGCCUCUUCUUUACGGAGCUGUUGCCGCACUGUGCAGACAUUCCUCCUGUGGGCCAAGUUGUGCAGGAAGAUGGCAAGCUCCUGUUGCUGGCUGUGUUGGAGGCAAUCGGUGGGCAAUCUUCACGCAGUUUAAUGGACCAGUUUGCAGAAGUGUUGUUCUCCAUGAAUAAGCACUGUUUCAGUCUGCUCACUGUGUGGCUCAAAGAGGCCCUGCAGUCUCCGGGCUUUCCCUCAACCCGAGUCUCUGACGAACAGAAAGACACAUUCAGCCAGCAGGUCCUUAGGGAGCGAGUGAAUAAGCGACGGGUGAAGGACAUAGUGAAGGAGUUCACUCUGGUGUGUCGAGGGCUGCAUGGCACAGAGUAUGCAGCAGAAUACUGAGCACUGAAGUCCAAAGUGAUCCAAUUCCUAGCAGCGCCCACCCCCAUUGGAAACCCAUACCUGAAUAAUAGAAUAGUGAAAGCCUGACAGAUGGAUAUUGUUCAGAGCAUGCACUGUAAGGACCUGAUGAGGGCACUAUCUUUAAUAUAUAUAUUUUUUAUUAUUUCUCUCUUCCCCCAUGUCUUGCUCUCACCAGGUGGUUUUGGACCCUCUUGCAAGUGGUCUGUACUGCUUUCAUCUAAGCAGUACUUUUCACAUACGUCUUUCUCUCCUUUUCUCCCCGCUCACCACUAUUUCAGCAUGUACGUUGUUACAGUUUACCUCCCCUCCACAAACCCUUCUCACGUUCCGGGAUCUUCCGUGGCUCCUAGGCUGUUUUCUUGUGAUGAUUUGCGAAAUUUAUCAACGAUGGAAUAGUGGUUGUUAAAUGUUUUAUUUUGUAACUUAAAAUCACCGAUAUCGAAAAGUAAAUAUAUAUCCACAUGUAAAAAUAUCCACGUAUAUAUCUGUCAGACUGGGGGAGGUUUGAGAGUCCUUAUGGAUACUGCUGCUGACAAAGAGAGGGACCAAUCAUUUUUCUCCGUGGCUUUAUAUAUACACUUGUCUGUAUAAACUAACUAGCCUCAACUCAUAACAUGUUUCACAACAUGAUUCAGUAGGGAGGGGAAGAAAAGGUUGUGAACUUUGUCAUGGGUCAUGGUCUUUUUUUAAUGAUUGAAAAUGUAUUAUUUUAAUAUUUAACAGCAGCAUGCACGGGGCUGGUUGAGUUGAUGUUACAGACACACACUCGUUAAAUAGUGAAAACAUCAGACUUUGACGAUCAUGAAAGUAGUCCUGAUUUUAGUUUUCCUCUGGGGAAAGCUGCUGGGAGCCCAUAAUGUAUGUGAAAUACACUUGUAGAUGUCCUUGUGUGUCUUUUUGGAUAGAAAGAACGUCACACGAAGAGAGGACAGCGGUCAACUGUAAGCUGUGCACACAACACUGUACGGGUGGUGAUAAUCGUUUAUUUCAGCCGUGAACAGACUAUUUUCUGGUGUAUGUACGUGCACACAUGCGUGCCAUUGUUCACUUGCUUGUCCAAAUUGCAGCUUCUGUACACUGUUGAGUGCACUUAUCAAAGAACUGAACACAAUCUAUACUCCAAGUCCCCUUGUGUUUGCCAUUAGAUGCCCCUGAAUAGGACACUUCGGUGGCUGGGUGUCUCUCUGUCCCUGUCUACUGCCCAGCUGCUGCCUGCAAACAUGUAGCAUGUGUGUUUUGUUUUUGGCCAGGGGAAUGGGGCAUGCAGCAACAGCACGUGUCGUGUCGCAUUCGACAGGUGAGGAUGCUUCCUCAUCCUGCCAUUUUGUUUACCAGUGAGAUAUAUAUAUAUAUAUAUAUAUAUAUAUAUAUAUAUAUAUAUAUAUAUAUAUAUAUAUAUAUAUAUAUAUAUAUAUAUUAGAGAGGGGGAAGAUAAAAGAGGAGAAAUGUACAAGAGUUUGUGGGAUUUUUUUCUUUUGUACCUUGUUUUAAUUUAUUAAAUAUAUCUAAGAUGGCA